GUCGAGAUCCGGAAGCUGCCCCGCCAUUGCGACCGUUUUUCAUCACUCCCGCCGCCGACGCCCACCGACGACGCCCACCAACCCAGCCCGUUUUGGCUUCUCCCAGAUGUCAUCUCGAUAGCUCUAAUUAAGCCGACUUUGACAUCCCCUGACGGCGAAGGCAUCGCCGGAGCGGGACAACGAGGAUGGCCUUCAAUCAAGCAGAUGCAUAUGCGGAGCAGGUGACGAUGGUGGAGAUAGUCACCGAAGGCUGUGCCGACCGCUCCAUGAUCUCGGCUGCGCUGCAGAACAAUCAUGGCAAUGUCGAUACGGUGGUCAACGAGAUCCUCGAUGACCUUGCUAAGUUCAAGCGCAAGUACGGGUGGGACGAGGCCGCGUUUUCCUCCGGCCGCGAAGGUGAGGAUCCGUCGGGCAAUAAAUCCGGUGUCCCAGCCUUUUCGAUCCACCAACCACCGCCCAUUAUCUACGGGACCGAGCCGAAUAACUACUACGGCGCACCGUCGCGGCCCCCGUCGAGAGCGAAUAACAGGUCACCUAUGAGCCGGCUCACCGAUAUUACUUCUGGAGGGUACACCACGGCUACCCCGAGCAACCGGCAGGAAGAGGAGGAUCAACUACAACGAGCCAUCAACGAAUCCUUGACUGCCUCGGGCAUUCAGACUCCGCACGCAUUUCCACCACCCCCUCCCCCGACGCAACAGCAGUCGGGUGUCAUCACCAACGACGGGGAGUCUUCGGCACACUUUGGCCCUGCCAACCGUCCGGACUAUGAUCCAAAGGAAUGGGCCAUGGUGCCGCUGGGGAAGCAGGAAAGCGAUUCAGAUCCGUCCCUUAGGACUCGGAAGGUUGGGAUGCCGGUCCUCCUGCGAUGCCGCAAGGAUAGCGAAUGGGAACAGCAUCGUGUCGGAGCCCUCCUAAUGAUAUUUGGACAAAUUCCCGCGGUUCGCAACGUGUUACUUGAGAGUGGCGUGGCCCCCGGCUACGGCUACGGCAACAAGAGCGACUGGUGGCGGGGGGAAGCGAUAUUUCCACCUGGCCAGCCGGACCCCGACGGAUGGAUUAACGAGCCUCCCCUAUCUUGGACCGACGAACUUCAUCGCCUAAUGGCCUUCCUCGAGCAGACAGAACGCGCAUAUGGGACAGCCGACAAUCUUGUCCGCGCCAGGCACCCAGAAGCACAGGAGACUGGCGACGCAGAGAAGGAUUUCUUUCAGAACUUUGCCGAGUCGGGAUUGGGCGAGGGGACGGACAGGGAAACCCUCAUUUCCUCGGUAGAGAUUGUCGCCCUCGACAACUUCAGCCAGCAGGGCGGGGACCGUUUCGGCCUCCUCGACCUCCAGGUCAGCAAAGACUCCGAUCCCAUGCCCGCGAAUCUGUAUAAUGUGCUGGAUUGGCUGUUCUAUGUCGAUCUAAGGUUGGCAAGGGAAGACCCGAGUGGAUCGCGGAUGGCCUGGAUCAGCCAGCCGUCUGAAGUUCUCACAUGUCGCUUCCAGAAAGACGAUGAGUUGCCCGCGCCACUGGAGAUGCCCGAAACUUUCUACCUCGACCGGUACCUGAAGAGCAAUGGCGAGAAGCUCCAGGAGUUGCAGAUGGAUAUGGUUGCUUUGCUGAAGGCAUACGAUGCCAAUAUACGGAGGGAGCAGGAGCUUAUAAAAUGGGUCAACCCCCAAACGCACAAGACCUACGAUCGCAGGGAUCUCAUCAAGGCAGCGAUACACCGCUAUCAGGAAAGUUUGAGAAGGAUCAAGAACCGCGCCUUUUGGAGGACACAUGAGCAGACCCCCGCUGAGGGUGAGGGUGGGUACUACCUACCAGAUCACGCAGGUGAACCGAGCCUGCUACCUGAAGAGUCUGCCACCGUUGCCGACUACGAGGCCAAGAUCUCAGACCUCGAGGGCAGGUUGGCGGAGAUGGAACGUCUCAUUAACGAGGUUAUCAUACCGGAGAGGCUGGCGAUUCAUGAGGUCAAUCGCAACAUGUCGUCCCUUUUCACCACACCUUCCACCGAUGAGAAGUGGAACCCCACACACAAGUACACACUUUGUGGCGUGGUCAAUGACCUGAAUACAGUCUACCAGCGGAUUCAUGUGCCGGUCAGCGAGUCCGGGACUACGCCCGCUGACGGUGCUCCUGCGGCCGGAGAGAAGAGGUGGUGGAAGACAUCGUUCAACAUUGCGGACAACACAGUCGAGCACGUGCAAGUGGACUACGAAACGGUCAUGCGCGAGACCUGUUCGGCCAAGUGCAAGCCCAUCGUCGUGUACGCGACAGACAAGGCCCUGCAGCAAGACAACCUGCCGCUACCGGAUGCGCUCAAGACCUUUGUCCGGCUUGACAACCGGCUCUUCAAGCAAGAGCUGUUACAAUCAAACCGGCUUGGCCAUAAGCGGAGUGCCGGCGUCGGCGACGGCUCGCAGUCGAAGCGGUUGCAGCGGUCGGCUAGCAUCGACUCGAUGGAUACCAACCACGCUUCGGCGGGAGACUUUGACGACGACAUGCGCGAUGCACCGUUCGAUAAUGACUCGAUAUUUGGAGCCGCUGGCGGCGGCUACGCAACUCCCAACAGGGCUACCAAAGCCGCCCAAGAUGCGGAAAUCCCAGACCUCGUCGAUGUUGUCGGUGAGACUCCCGGGCUAACGGCAACGAUGACAUCACCGCCGUCCUAUGAGAACUACAUCGAGAUGGAAACGGGCGUGUCGCCGGCGCUCGCGCAGGUGUCCCUGCAGGAUCUCAAUAACAUCAGUCCUAUGAAGUCGCUAGAGAUGCAGGAGCGGCCCAACGCGCAGUUACUCACGCGGUUGGGCAGCAAUGGCAAUAACAACGGCGGUGCUGCUACCGCCGUUAACGGCAGCGCGGGCAGUGACUCGGUGCAAACCGCUGUCAGGGAUGAAGAGGAGCUGCUGAUUGACCUGAGCGACCCCAAAGAUGCCGAUCCCAAGACCCAGGCCAACGGAGUCUAGGAGACGGCCUCACCAGCAGGAAAGCCCCUGGCUGAUGCGUUCCUUGGUUUGGGUCCCAAUCAAGUGCUCGAUGGCCGGUCGCAAGAGGGCCGAAAUCCGGACGAAAAGGAGGCUAUGGGCAACAUGGAGG